AUGCUGCGCUGCGGCGAUCAUUCGAGAAGCCGACCGGUAGAUUGCCUGGCGGCGGAAUUAUCUCCGCUGAUUGAAAAUCUCGCAGCCGUGUACGGAAGAGAAACUGACCUCAAGGAGUUGCUACCUUUCCCUAUACAUUGCCCGGCUUGUCAGAAUCCGCUUGCUGAAUGCAGAAGCUCGGCAGCUGCUGCAAUCAUAGUCGACCUGGCUGGCAUUGUGGAAAAGCAGCAUGUCCCAUUACGCUGCAGGCGUCCAUCCUGCCCUGGCUUUGGGGUGCUGUAUUGGCACAACUACAGGGUGCGUGAAGGGCGGCAUGUUUUUCAUGGAAAGCUACCAGGCUUCCGUUGCUUCAUGCUAUCUUCUGUUUUUGGCUUUAGUGUGCCGUGGCUUCAGCAGUUCCAUGCUGGCCUGGUCAGGCAGCACGCGUCAUUCACUAGUGAAGCGGAUGUGCUCACUGCGCGGGCUGCCCGCCUACGUCUGCUCAUCAGCCAAGGUUGGUUUACAUGGCGCCUUCUCACAAGGGCACUGGGGGCAGAUCUGAACCUGUCUGAGAUGGACUUUUUGAAGCCUUUGGAAGACAUGGUGGCCCUUUUCUUGCCGCAGUUGCAACACACAUUUGGACAGAAUAUGUUGCAGGCAGCACAAGAAGCAGGCAUGCGCUGCGAUGUGGUGGUCCUCGAUGGCAACGCCAAGAAUCGGAGGGCUGUGUGUGCAGCAGCUUUGGCCGGCUCCUCUCAUUCUGAGCAUCUCCCGCGCACCUUGCGCCACACCUGCACCAGGACGUCGGCCUUCCGCCAUGCUUUUUGCCGUUGGCAUUGCGAAGGACCUAUGGACGGAGAAGAUCACCUUCAGGAUGUGGAGAUUGUGCACCACAAGGUGGUCAAUGAUGGGCAGCAGCUUAUGGUUUUGCUGAAGAGACCAUGGAUCAGUCGCAAAGCCUUGGCGAAGCAUCUUCUCCAUUGCCAUCAGCUUCUCGGCCUGCGGGGACAAGCAGUCCUGCAGACCUGCAGCAGCUCUCAGACUCCACAGAUCUAA